UGUGCUUAUGUAAAUAAGUAUGCUUACUAUUAUUGCCUACAUCUAUAUGUGUUGUAUUUUCUUAAAUGCAUGUCUACAAGAACACAUUAUGCGUAAACAAAAAAAUGUUCUAGAGGCCCAAUAUUCUUAACUAUCCUAUCCUCUUAUUUGUUAGUAAAAUGUAUCUAAGGCUUAAUAUUUUACCUUAUAAGAGAAAUGUUUAUCCAAGGUGAAUGAUCACGAAUUUUUAGAAUAGAUAAAGUCACCUCAAAAUUUUUCAAGGUCUAUUGGAAGUCAGGUUUCCACAUUAUUUAAAUUAGCAAUCUAAUUUUAGAGUUGUAUCACAAUUGUUUUUGAAAUAAUCAUAAAAUCUAAUAAACUAUGCCUUGAAUCAUUCGUUUAAACUAAUGCAAUUAUUUCAUUGAAUUCAAAUGAUAACGUAAAAACUGGGGGCUUCUGAUAUAUUUAUACUUUUCCUAUAAAAGAAUUAUGGAAAGAGAAAAAAAUACAAAAAUAAUAAUUCAGUACACUUUUAAUAUGAAAGAUUUUAUAGUUAGUUGUUAAAUAAAUUCUUAGAAAACUUCAAAUCAUGAUUUCCUCUCAACCAUUUUGUCAAAAUAUCUCAACAACACCUCCAGCUUUAAAUAGUCCUAUACAAUAUGAUUCAUUUCCACAUACAGAUGACAAUCAUUUAGUUACACGAAAAUUAUUAUCAUCUGAUGAAACAGAUACUUUAAUGCAAAAAUCACCCAUUUCUACUGUUGGUGAACAUAAUCAACUUCAGAACUUUCAGUCAGCUGCGCUAAGAAAUGAAGAGUUCAGUUUAAUACAAAUGAAUGAUUUUCCAAAUCAAAAUGUUUCAAGAAGCAAUACAAUAUUACCACCUGUAAGUAAUAUACUGAUGCCAAAUAAUAUACAAAUUAUGUCAGGUGAUAAGAAACACAUAACAAAUUCGUAUUAUUCUUCUGUUCUUGCAUCAAUAUCAUCAUCUUCACCUUUGAAUUAUCCUGAAUCUGAUUUAUCAAAUAAAAAUCUUAUCAAAUCAAGUUUCAUACCACAUGAUUUGGAGUAUCAAAGUGAGAGACUAAGAUUACAGUCAGAGCAGCAGCAACAGCAGCAACAACAACAACAACUGGAUUACAAUAUUUGUUUAGAUAAUCGUAAACAAAAUCUAGAAAAAUAUUCAUGUCGACAAAUGUAAAUGAAUCACCACUUCAUCCCUUGACCUUGUCAACAUCAAUUUUAUCAUCGUCAUCAUCAUCAUCGUCUUCAGUGAUUACAAUGCAAUCCAAUUUUGCUAAUAAUCAUUUAACUGUUUACAAUACUAAUACGAACAGUGAAAGAAUUAAACGACCAAUGAAUGCAUUUAUGGUAUGGUCACGUUUACAAAGGCGUAAAAUGGCUGAAGAGAAUCCUAAACUUCAUAAUUCCGAAAUCAGUAAGCAAUUAGGUAAUUUGUGGAAAUCUUUAACAAAUACUGACAAAAUUCCAUUUAUUGAAGAAGCUAACCGACUACGUGAUUGUCAUAUGAGACGUUAUCCAAAUUACAAAUACUGUCCUAGACGAAAACGCAAACAACCAACAAAUAAAGUUGUAUUACAGCAAAAAGUAAAAACUACUGCUGAAUUACCUCUUGAGUUAGUUUUAUGUCCUACCCGUUCAAACUGUUUUCAAGCAGCAAGGUUAACAAGAGUUCCGAAAGCUGUCACUCAACCAUAUAAUAAACCACGUAUCCCUAUUAUUGCUCCAACAAUGAAAUCAUAUGAAAUAACACAAAAUAGAAAUAUGUCAAUAAAUGAGAUGAAUCAUAAACCAGAACCAUUUAUAAUAUCACAAAUGAACAUGAUGCCAAUGAGUAACAAACCCAUAUCAAAUAUGUGUACAUCAGUUCAAAAUUUAGUGGCAAAUAACAAUUCAACAUAUUUUCAAUCAACUGAUACAAUUUAUGAUCCUUACAAAAUCCAAUUAACAAGUACAUUUCUUCCUAAUGUGAACAAUCGAAAUAAUAUGACUAGUUAUCCUGAUCAAAAAGAAUUUUACACAGAUUUUAAUAUAUCUCAACCUACAACUAGUAAUGAUAUAAAUAAUUGUCAUCACGAUUCAUACACUUAUGAUACAUCGCAUUCACCAGAGAUCUAUUCAAGCUUUUUAGAUUCAAUUGAUUUACAAACAUUUUUCUAAAUUAUUUAUUCCUUGAAAUGUUCCCCUUUUGUUUUCCUUUCAUUGAUUAGUUCUUCUUGAUAUAUUGAUUUACAUGUAUUUUACUAUGUUAAUGAUUAGUCAAUUGUUUGCAUUGACUUAUCAUGUUUAUUCGAAAUAAUUUACAUCUGAAGAAGCAUAAUAAAAAAAGGUUCAUAUUUAUUGGUUUAUUAUUAGAAGUUUGAAAUUAUAAUUUUGAAUGUAGAAUAUUCUAUCGUUCUAAAUGAGAAAAAUUUAUUACUCACUUUUUAGUUGAUUUAGUUUAAAGACAAUCAUUUAAAAUAUCAGAAUAUUAUGUUUUUUCGAGUUUAUAUUACAGUAAUCAUUCUUAUUUGUAAAUGUUUCUCAAUAUAUAUAUUUAAUAGUUGAAUUCAUGAGUUAAUUG